AUGUUCGCAUCCCCAUGUCUAUUUGAGCAAUUACCAGCUUUCCAACAGCCACAACAACAGUUCAAUUUCCCUUGCUUUCAACCAGCUUUUGUACACUCAUCGAACGAAGUAAUUUUUUCAACUUCAAAAACUGAGCAUGGUUUGAUUGUAACAUUAUCUAAGCCAUUACAAAGGGAUAUUUUCAAAAAGGCCGUUGAAGAGAGGGUCAUUGAAUUACAACAAUCUACAAAGCCAAGUUAUAGGUUGGUUAGCGAUAUAUUUGGUAAUCAAUAUUAUAUUGAAGAUAAAUUCUCUACUCAAAAAAGCAUUCUUGAAGGCAUUGACUAUAAAAGUAUUGGCCGUAAAGUCGCUAAAGAAUCUUUUAGAGAUUAUGAGAUAGAGCUAAAUCACUCAGGCGAGGAACUAGUAUUUAAAAGCUCUGGCGACAAAUUAGUGAAGACUCUACAUUUCGAUAACAUUGUUGAUGACUUUUACAUUUAUAAUUGUAAUGUUGAAGAAAAUAAUGACGAUAUUGCCUUCUUGAAGAUUGGUAUUGUAUUCAAGAAACCUGAUGAAGAAGCUAUUGAGCAAAUGAGAAAACUGAGUGAAAUCAAAAGAAUCCAGAAAAAGAGAGAACAAGAAGUCCGUUUAACAGAAAUCAAAGAAAAGCUUUUGAAAGAGCAACAGUUGCGCCAAACACAAUUAGUGGAAGAUAAACAUCAAAGACUGCUAAAUGAACAACACCAAAAGCAGCUAAAAGAACAAUGCCAAAAGAGACUGGAAGAACAAGCUUAUGAAAGACAAUUGUUGGCUGAGCAAUAUGAACGUCAAAAGCAAUUGGAAGAACAGGAGCGUAAAGCGGCACUAUUAGCCGAGCAACAGCAACGUCAACAGCAAGAGCAAUUAAAAAAUCAAGCAUUAGAAGAUGAAAGAAGCCGUCUUAACAGACAACGUCUUUUACAAGAACAAAUAGAAUAUCAAAAACAAUUGGUUGAAGAAGACCGUCAAAGAAAAAUAAAACAACAACACCAAAUCAAAAAAAUUGAUAUCGAUUUUAAUGAUGAAACUGCAAUUCAAAGUGAUGAUGAUGACAAUAUAGGGGAAAAGCCUUCAGUUGGAAGAAGAAGGAGGUCUUCGCCAAUCUUGGAAGAUGUUCAAGAUGAAGAACAUGAAAGAUAUACCCUCUCUUUAAAUAAGCUACCUAAGGGAUCAUCUUUAAUUGAUGACGCCUAA